CUUCUCAAGGGUUGUGAAAACACUAUUCUUGCAGUAGUCCUCGAGUUUCUCAGAUCUCGUCAUGGCUCCUAAGGGAAAGAAAGCUGAUGCUGCUGGCGCUGAGGCAAAACCGGACCCCUCAGAGCUAAAGGCAGAGCCUGUUUCUGAGGGCAAGGCGGACGCUAAGCCCAAGAAGGAAAAGAAGGCGGCAGGGAAGAAGGCCGCCAAGGACUCCGGGGCUGGCGAGGAGGUCGAGAAGAAGGGCAAAAAGAAGGCCAAGGUGGCAAAGAGUGAAACUUAUAAGCUCUACAUCUACAAGGUCCUGAAGCAGGUACACCCCGACACGGGCAUCAGCUCCAAGGCCAUGAGCAUUAUGAACAGUUUCAUCAACGAUAUCUUCGAGAAGGUCGCCACGGAGGCUUCACGCCUGAGCCGCUACAAUAAGAAGCCCACUGUGACGUCACGCGAGAUUCAGACGGCGGUGCGCUUGGUGCUGCCGGGCGAGCUGGCCAAGCACGCGGUAUCGGAAGGUACCAAGGCUGUCACCAAGUUCACUGCGUCGUAGAUGCACGGGUUGCAACCCUGCUUAUGUACUCAAAUGUAUUGUUUGCACGGUGUUCCUCGACACCACCGAAGGGGGUCGCUGGAGAAACCACCGGGCUGCUAGGGUGUAGGUCUAGUGUCAGUGUAGCGGCUUCGCGGUUCCGUGCUAUGUGCCUUGGACAGUUGCAUGUUUAGUGCACAUGCCCAUGGCGGGGUGCAGCAUGUGGCCUGAAGUACUGGCGGGCAGGCUUGUAGAGCAGCUGUUGUGUUUAGGAGUUUUCAUAGGGGUCUUGUACUGUUGUCAUGAUAUGGGUACCUAGGUACCAUGCGGAGGUUAGUGUUUUGGCGCGGCCGACAGGUGUUUAGCUGAUGAUUACGUUAACAAACCGAUGAACUUUCCCUGGAGAACGCUGAGCCUAAGGCACGUGAAUGUGCCGCGUCCUCGCGCAAUCUUAACGUGAGGGAAUAUUUGAGGAGGAGCGGUUGAAGCAGCGAUGGGCGGUUAAAAAUGCCAGGGGGAAUUUAUUGGACAGCAUUUGCGAUAUGUCUAACGCGGGUUAGCGGAAUACAAGCACUAGAUGGACCCUCCGUUCCAGCGUUCGGAUACCAUCAGGGGGCUGCCGCAAGUCUAUUUCGUUUAAGAAUCAGUACAGUUGUAGGAGCGGUGCAAUUCGAUGGGACACCACCGAUGGUUAGCUUGGGCGCUGGCGUGUGCCUGGUGGUCGUCGAGUGUCCUUUUCCCUCGAUGGGAUUCUAGGCAUGCGUCAGUAGCCAGUGCGCAAGGCAUGUCUGAUGGCAUGAUUGGUGGUCAACGUUUUUUGACUAAAACGGUUAGCCAUACCGCCACGGCGUUAUCCGGCCGUGCAUGCAAUUGUAUACUCAACUACUUUCCGCUAUGGGUAUUUGGGGUUCAUUUCAUACUAAUCGAGGAAGAUCCGUGAGCCCCCGGAGACUGGUUGCGUGCCUCAUAAGGGAGCUAAUCUAGCCAUCAAUUUACUGGGUUAUCGGUGUUAGCGCCCUGUACAUCCUUGUUAUAUCACGCUGUCCUGCACGU